CAGUUCCCCUCUGAAAAUAUAUGCUGUAGGGUUUAACUCGGGGUUUAAUCAAGAUGGCUGUUGCUAGCGCUCACAGGAUAAGAGGAGGGUCUCUGACGGCGGCUGCCGCCGCUCUCUCCGUCACGGAAUCAAAACUGAAGGUCAAGGCUUGCUCUCCGGAGGUCUGCAAAUUCCUCGGCAUCCCUGACCCUUCUGACCGAUCUCGAUCUCCCACUGCUCUCUUAAUUUCCAAGUUCAUCAGACUCCACAACAAUCAGAGCCCUGGAAUCAAGGACCGGAAUUGGGAGCAGAACUUGAAGACAUUAUUGCACGGCAAAGACAGAGUUGGGUUGCCGGAGGUCACCAGAUUGCUCUCACCGGAAUUUACCUAUUCCACUAUCAAAAGCACCGAUGCAACAGCCACUUUUGGGCAGAUCGAGGCUAACAAAUCCAAGAAAAUAACUGGGAAGGCCAGUAAAAAGUAAAGCAGCAGGAUAUGAUAUCUUGAUCUUAAAAGAGUGUUUAAAUAAUUAUCCUACUUUAAAUGUGUUAUCUUUGCAUGUUGAAUACUUUGAUGUUCUUAUUUCGAGCCAUGGGAUUUGUUUCAUGGUGUUGAUGUUGCUGAAUUGAUUGUUGGACAUAAUGCAUCUUUUGUGGCUAAUCUGAUUAUGAUUAUUGGGAGCUUCUCAUGUAA